AGAGAGAGAGAGAGAGAGAGAGAGAGAGGAAUAGUGCAGGGUGCGCUCCAUCCACAGCUUCAGUACACCGGACUGUCAUCCUUGGAGCGGCUGCUGUGUCUACACAAGCUCUCUGUUCCUUUCCAUCGGGUUUCACAGUCAGCGGAUGUAACAUGGACACUGUUUGAGACGCACUGUCGAGCCUUCAGCUGUUUCCCUUGCUCAAACAAAACAAAACAAAACAAAACAAAUUAUCUCAAAGCUCGUCCUGCUGAAGGCACAAUAAUGAUGGAGUAUUGGAGGCAAUGCGCGCUGUGGUUAAUAAACUGCAAGGUGCUUCCAGCUAACCACCGUGUUACAUGGGAGUCUGCACAGGUAUUUGACUUGGCCCAAACCCUCCGGGAUGGAGUCCUCCUGUGCCAUCUGCUCAACAACCUGAGAGCUCAGUCCAUCAACCUAAAGGAAAUCAACCUCAGACCGCAAAUGUCACAGUUCCUGUGCCUGAAGAAUAUCAGGACUUUCCUGGCAGCGUGCAGCGAGACCUUCGGCAUGAAGAAGAGCGAGCUGUUUGAGGCCUUUGACCUUUUUGACGUCAGGGACUUUGGAAAGGUUAUGGACACACUCUCUAAACUUUCCCACACAGUGAUUGCACAACAGACUGGAAUCAGGCCUUUUCCAACAGAGGAAAGUGUUGAAGAUGAUGAUAUCUACAACCACCUGGAGGAUCUCAUAGAUGAGAACGAGGUGGAGGAUGAGGAGGAUCUGUACGACUGCGUGUAUGAUGAUGGAGAUGGUGGGGAGAUCUAUGAGGACCUGAUGAAGACUGAAGCCAUCCCCCCUCCGGCGUUUCACAAGCAGGCGGAGAUCGACAUCAGGAGCUGCUGUUUAACAGAGAUCAAGCAGACAGAGGAGAAAUACACUGAGACCCUGGAGUCUAUAGAAAAGCACUUUAUGACGCCCCUCACCACGUUUUUCUCCACGGUUGAAAUGGAGGAGGUGUUUGUGAAUAUCCCGGAGCUGGUUAAAGUUCACAAAUGUUUACUACUGGAAAUCCAAGACUCAGUCCAUCACAGAAGUGCCCAGAACCUUUACCAGAUCUUCAUCACUUUCAAAGAGAGGUUAUUGAUCUAUGGGAAAUACUGCAGCCAUGUGGAGACAGCCAUCGCCACUCUGGAUAACAUCAGCAAAGACAGAGAGGACGUACGCAUGAAGCUAGAGGAAUGUUCAAAGAGAGCCAACUAUGGCAAGUUCACACUAAGAGAUCUGCUGGUGGUUCCUAUGCAGCGAGUCUUGAAGUACCACCUUCUCCUGCAGGAGCUGGUGAAACACACUCAUGAUGUCACAGACAAGAGCAAUCUGCGGAUGGCUCUGGACGCCAUGAAGGACUUGGCUCAGUAUGUUAACGAAGUGAAGCGAGACAAUGAGACGUUGAGAGAAAUAGAUCAAUAUCAAAGAUCCAUCGAAAACCUGAAUCAGUCGCUGAGUAACUACGGGAGACCCAAAGGUGACGGGGAGGUACGGGUGGCCUCGGUAGACAAACGAGCUAAACAGGACAGGCACAUCUUCCUGUUCGAUGCUGCAGUGAUCGUUUGUAAGCGGCGGGGAGACAACUACGAGAUGAAAGAAGUGAUUGACCUGCACCUCUUCAAGGUCACCAACAACCCCACGUCGGACAAGGAGAAUCGAAAGUGGUCCUAUGGAUUCUACCUCACUCACAACCAGGGACAGAGUGGCUUUGAAUUCUUCUUCAAGACCAAAGAGUUGAAAAAGAAGUGGCUGGAGCAGUUUGGCAUGGCCAUAUCCAACAUUCGUCCUGAGGAUGCCAGUAACAACUUCCAUGAGUUUCGUAUGCACACCUUUGACCGAAUCACCUCCUGUAACUCCUGCCACAUGCUCCUGAGGGGCAUCUUUAACCAGGGCUACCUGUGCUCCAAGUGUGGUCUAGGUGCUCAUAAAGAAUGCCUUGGCCGCUUUGGCUGCUGUGGAAAAACAGAUCCUGGCUCCGUCAGAACUCAGGGCAAAGCUCGAGAUCCAGGUCUGCCCAAGAUGCUGGUGAUCAGGAACUACUUUGGUGUGCCGAGCCCCACUUCUGGUCCAGCACUCAGCAUCCAGACAGGUGACAUCAUCGAAUUAAUCUGCGCCGACCUUCACAGCCCCUGGUGGCAGGGCAAAAUCCUGUCGAAGAAAGAGGUUGGCUUCUUUCCAAGCGAUGCCGUGAAGCCGUGCCCGUGUGUCCCAAAGCCUGUGGAUUACUCCUCUCAACCUUGGUUUGCGGGGCCCAUGGAGAGGCUCCAGGCAGAAGCAGAACUCAUCAACAGGGUCAAUAGCACCUACCUGGUCCGCCAUCGCAGCAGAGAGUUCACAGAGUACGCCAUCAGCAUAAAGUACAACAACGACGUGAAGCACAUAAAGAUCCUGACCAAGGAGGGCUGUUUCUACAUCGCAGAGAACAAGAAGUUCAGAAGCAUAUUAGAACUGAUCGAAUACUACAAACACCACUCCCUGAGAGAAGGUUUUAGGAGUCUGGACACCACGCUGCAGUUUCCUUACCGGGAACCGGAGAACGCUGCUGUGCACCGCCUCAACCGGUCGGGUGGCAACACCCCAUUGCUCUGCGGCCUCUCUUUUGUAACUCCUGCCGGCUACAGCUUUGUACCUCCUUCCUCUGCUCCCUUCUGGUCAGUGUUUACUCCCAAAGUGAUUGGUGUGGCGAUAGCACGGUAUGACUUCAGUUCGCGUGACACCCGGGAACUCUCGCUGCAGGAGGGAGACGUGGUUAAGAUCUACACAAAGUCAGGAGCCAAUGGCUGGUGGAGGGGCGAGGUCAAUGGCAGGGUGGGCUGGUUUCCAUCCACAUAUGUAGAGGAGGGUGAGGAGUGAAAGGUCAGCCAUGGGAAUUGGAGAAAGAUAAAAGAAGAAUGGAAGCAGUGGAGUAAGCAAACUGAGCACAUAAUAGUGACGAACAGAGUGAGCGUCUGCACUGCUGCUUGCUCCAGUGUUACGGUUUCAUUCUCCUCCACGGAGCUCUGCUGCGUACAACCAUCCCAGAGGCCUUUGGGAGAGAAAAGGGUGCACUAUGCUGCAGAUGCAAAGACGCCUGAUCAUUUCAGGUCAACUCUGUGAGGCUAAGUGACUCCACCAACUAGCAGCUUGCCUGUCAGCGGGACACAAGCCCUCGCCAGACAACCCCUUCCUCCCUCCCCGACUUCAUCUGUCCAUCCAUAAUUCACCCUGCGCUCCCUACUUUUCUAUGCCCCAGCCAGCCCCCAACUCCCACCUGUUUCUGCUUGCCAAGUCGGCCGUCGCCAGCCUGUCAAAAGUAGAUACUCAAAUGCCAGUCUCCCAUCCAUCCAUCCAUCCAUCCAUCCAUACCCCUGUGGAAAUAGAGCCAUCUGAGCUUGAAAAGACUCAUACUGUAAAGCUUUUCUUUCAUCCCCUUCUCACUCUGAAAGGAUCUGUUAGUUUUGACCUUGCCUGUGUGUAUGUUCCACUAAUGCAGGUGGUUAUUGAUGACUUGAUGACCCAGAUUCACACAUCCACACCACCCACCUCUCCUCCCCUUCAGAUUAUGAUCACCACAGACUCACACACACACUUGCACAAAGACACACACACACGCUCUUACAGGAGAUGUAAGAGAGGGAUGGCGUCAGAUAGCAUCACUGCACACUGCCAGCAAUUGAUCGCUGUUGUUCCUAUUUUCCUCCCACCUUCUACAUUCUUUAUCUGCAGCGCAGCCUCUCAUGUUUUUAGUUGUCUUGGCUGUUAGCGAUCCUCUGCUCUUAUCCGUGGCAGCUCUGUCAACAUGAGCCCAUUCGCUGAGGGUUUAUCUUAGUGGAGGCAUUAGUGUCGGGGAACAAGCCACCUGCCCCAGUAACAUAAAAUGCAAGAAAAGAAAAGCAACCAAACUUUAUUCUUUUUUUCUUUCCUUUUUCUCCACUGUCCAUCUUGCUUUCUUAGCUUUUUUCAGCAUAAGUUGUAUUUUUCAGUUUCAUUACCUACAGAUAUGAUGCACUGGCUGUCUAUGAGAGGAUAUACAGUACACCCAGAUUUGUACUUUAGCAAACAUUUUCACCAGAUUAUGCAUCAAAAUGUUUUAACAUCAUCUUCCUGGGGGUUAGUGGAGACUUAGUGUCUCCUGCCUUAACUGCUAUUUCAGUCAUUUUUCUUCUCAAGAACACAGUUUUGGCAGAAACACUGAACACUUGCAAUUUGCAAGAUUUGUUUUGGCAAGAAAAACAUCAAAUAUUGAAAAGGUAUUCAAGAAUUCAGAACUUCAAUCCAAAAGAACUCUUCAGAAACCACUUCUCACAUCUUCCAGCUCACUGUCAUAACUCUCACCCCCUCUCCUUCUCUGUACUCCACCCUCACCCCCCGUAUGCAUUAUACACACUGUAUCCUUAAUCCCCAGUGAAAGAGGAUUUUCCCACAUUUGAGGGAAUAAAUACCUUUACAGGAAAAUAUGCUGUGCAACACACACCAAUAUAUAGUCAGACAGAAUAAGACAGCAGAGUACACACAUCCUAAGUAGUGAUCAAAUCAUGUCUGGAGGUGAGACUGAAGACUCCCUAACAGUUUGCUUUGUGCAGCAAUAUUUAAACCUCAGCCACAGAGUUUCUUUGCAGUUAAAAAAACUAUAAACCACAAUCCUUUUUAAAAAUAUGUACAUAUUGAAUUUAGUAUUGAAUUUGCAGAUGGAGAUUUCUGUUCACACUGUGGUCGGAAGGCAGCAGUCACAGGGCUCUCCACAUGUCCCAAUGUCACAUACACACAGUCCUUUCUAUGAAGUGGUCAAAAAAACACUUUCAACUAAUGCAGUAAUUUCUUCAGUUUGAAGUUGUUCUGCUCCUUCUCAGAUACUUCAGCACACCUACGCAUGACAUUUUAAAAAUCACCCAUUUCUUAACUUUUCAUGGGAAACUAUGUAAUGAUUUAAAAUGCAUUGUACAUAAAAUACAAUAUCUGUCACUGAGGCAGUUUACUAUGAGGAUGCGGUCCCUAGUUUAGCACAUAAGUGAGAAUGCGGUGUAGUAAUGUGUUCAAUUGAAGUUUAAAUACUACAAGAGCCUUUGUGUAACUAACUGGGGGACCCUGCCUCUGGUAAAAGAACACAGGACAUUGUUUCCUUCCAAAUCCAUCAUCUUCCCCUGCCAUGUCUUCAAUGGGUAUUGUGCCAGAAAUAUAUUUUGUGAAUCUCAGUAAGAAUCUAUUGUAAAGAUAUGCUUUUGUAUGGACUUAAUGGAGCCAUUAUGUUUGAAAAUCAUGAGUAACCCCCUGCCAGACCUGACACUCCAUGCCUUUAAGGUAUAUAUAUGACAAAAUAUUUUUGUUCUCAGUCAUAUUGUUUAACUAUUGGACUGAAGAAAUGUGUUAGAAAAGGUCAUAUUAAUAAUGUGUUUUUGCAUUGUGUCGUCUCCCUUUUCCUAUUUCGUUCCAUCAACAGUGUCAUUAAGUGACCACUAGAUGGAAGCAUCCUAAACACAUCUCCUCCUCCCCAAGCAGUCACCUUCAACAUGCUGAAGUUUGGAGAUGACAUCAUAUGAUUAGGAGGUGAACAAUAUGUGUGGAGGCAGUUAGCAUAAGCCUCAGACUUGUUGCUGUGAAGAUACAAAGAAGCCUUAAACACAAAUCCAAGGUAUCAAAGUACAAAAAAUCCAGGCAUAAACAGUAGGCAGAUGGAAAAACAUCUGAGAAAAUUAAUAUGACAUUUUUAUUAAGAUAAUAUAUGGCCACAAUGUUUAUCCUGACUUCCUUUGAAAAUUAACUGAUAUUCCAGAACCCUCAUGUCCAGUAGGAACCCUGAUGAUUAUGGUGAUGAUGAUGAUGAUGAUGAUUCCCCUCCUGCUUCCUGAAAUGUCUGCAGUCUCUGAACAGUCAGACAAUACAUUUAUAACAUCUUUAGGAGAUCUUAGAGCGAGCUGCAGCGCAGCAGCGGCACAAAUGCGAUCCAGCACAAGUCCUGGGAGAACUGGAGAGGCAGAGUAGGCUUCUUUAAUCGCAGACUCCGGUAAUCCACUCCCGCACUCCCUCCUCCGCCCAGAUGAACUCUGACAGCAGGGCCAUUUACAACUGCAGGCCUUCCUCCCCUCCGACUGAGCUUCCAGAUUUUUGUGUGCAGGAGGGACGGGAGGAAGGCUCAAGGGUAUCUGUGAUCUAAUCAUUACACCAUCUCCUCACCUCGACGACCCGGCUGCAUCCAUCUCUCUGUCAGCUCCCCUCUCUCUCGCUCUAUCUCACCAUGUCACUUCUCUCUCUCUCUCUUUACUGCUCCCUUUCCCCAUCUAUCUUUCAUCCAAUCUCUGUCUUCUCCGUUUCUCUCUGUAUUCUGUCCCUCAUGCCGUUGCUCUGUAGGCUGAAAAAGCCGCUGCUGUAUGUUGGCGGGAGGAGAAUAGAAAAUUCAGUAUUAUAAGGAGAGGAGGGAGAGAGGCGGUCUGAAACUCUAUAAACAACCACAGCAAAAUGAGGACUAGUUUAAUUUUACCACAAAUUAAUAGACUGAGAGAAAUGAUGCCAAUUAGAGGAUGAAUUAGAAAUCGCUCACACCACUGUUAUCUCCUCAUAUACAGUGUGUACACAGAUUAUGUCCACAUGCGUAGGCACACACUGUGUAAGUGGGGAAAAGCGUUUGACAGGAUUCAGGGCUGGGAAAGUCUUAGCCCAGCAGGGGUUUUGGGAUGCAGUCUCCUGAACCAACACGAGGAAAGUUCUGUAUGAACCUGAACAGAAACAUCCCAGCCACCAAUACAUGAAUAAAAAAAAUCAUAUAAUACGUCUUUCUUUCUGGGCUGAAAAUCCAUUAGAACCUGUCAUCCACCCUCCUGCCCCCUUGUUGUCUGAAGUUUGUGUUCAUGCUCCAUGACCAUGUUUUGUUAUCCCACUGAAGCCAAAGAUGUUUGCUGUACUUACUGUACACUCAGCGUUAUGUCUCAUAACCACGGUACCCAACCGCUGUGGCCUAACUCUAAAACCGUGCAAUCCUGACUGUGUAGCAUUACCAUGUAUUGUUGCUGUAUCAUACUGUAAAAUAUGUACAUAGCACAUAAUAAAGAUACAUAUUGCUUCUUCUAA